AAAAACUCAAAGCAAUUGAGUUAUUAUUAAUGGAGUUACGAUUUUUUGAAAAUAAUGAUGUUUUGUAAAGUAAUAUACUCUACAAACAAUUUUUUCACUCAAAAACUAAAGUGAGUGGAAAGUUGAAAUUUUGGGGACUUUUUCCUAAUGAAUCAAUGUAAAAAAUACCUAAAACUCAAAGCGAUUGAGUUAUUAUUAAUGGAGUUACGACUUUCUGAAAAUAAUGAUGUUUUGUAAAGUAAUACUAGGUUCUCUAAUCUUUGACCUAAAGUUUAAAUCCUUUUUUUUAUAACAAAAAUACUUCAUGGGAAUCACCGGUAAAAGCGGGGAUUUGAUCAAAAUCACUGGCAAAAUCAAGGGUUUUGAUCAAUUAUUUGAUUAAUUAUUGCAUCCUGUAUUACCUUUUGACCUAAAGUUGAAGGAAAAAUAAGUGAAAGGCACAAUUUUCCGAGGAAAAAAGAAUUCAAAAAGAGGGGCAAACAUUAGCAGCCAGUUCUCUUAUACUCUUAUAACAUUCAGUACAAUUAUUAUUCAGCUCUAGGUCACUUCUUCUUGUAUUAUAGCUGGCGCGACAUUUAUUUCUUGUGAAAGUUUUGCCUUGAAAAAAUUUCGUUUUAUCUUAUUAAUUAAGUUUUAUGUGUGAAUGACUGUGAAUUAAUAAGAUACUGAAACCAAAUGGUGAAUUUUUGAAUGAUUUGUUGUCCAUGACUCAAAAGAAAGUGAUGAAGAAAGUGAAAAUCAUGCUACCAAAUGCAAUUUACCUGGCCCUAUUGGCAUCGUUUACAACAGCCUUUAAUCUACAAGACUUUGUCAAAGCAGAAGAAGUAAACGUAGCCUCAAAAGUACCAAGAUCCAUCAACAGCAACCAUCAGGGGGUUGAAAACAAAGAAACCACAAUCAAAGAAGUCGAACAUCUAAUCCGAUCAAACCCAGACUUACCUAGACUGACCCGAGGCGAAAUCCUAGACAUCCUGGACAACAUAACCAAACAAGACGAAAUAAACCUAGUCGGCUCCAACAAUAGAGACCCUAAAGCCCUAAUGGUAGUCAAAGCCUACACACCUUUAGGCUCAGGCGAAAUAAAUUUCGAAGAACUCUACACCAAACCACCCCUCACCAGUAUUGUUGAUGAUGAAACUACAACUACAGAAAAUGUGCGGCCAAAACCUUCAACAGACAAAUUUUAUGUUAGAAAGAAACCUUCAAGGGGGCAAGUACAGUUCAAAGCAACUACAAGCACAGAAAGAUUGAUUACAAGGGGGCAAACAAUUACAACUCCAGAAAGAUUGACUACAAGGGGGCAAACAACUACAACUCCAGAAACAUCAACUACAAGAAGACGAAGAAUAAGGCCUACAAGGACUACAACUACAAUGAUGCCAACUACUUAUAGACCAAGACGUCGUCAACCUCCAAGAAAAGAAAUCCAAUAUUCAAACCACAAAUAUCCAUUGAUGGAACAAUCACGCUAUUCGUCUCAAGGCAUCAGAAUUGUGCCACCUCCUUCAAUGGCUUCAGAAAUCAAUUCUGAGCUGGAAGAUUUGCUGCCUCAAGAGGGCGAACAUAAGGAACAGUUCAUGCCAAUGUCUAAUAACACUAGUAGCACAUUUUCUGAGCCUUCAAUAGAGCUUGAGAUUCCUGACCAUUUAAAACAAGUUGUUGCCGACUUGAAUUUAGGAGCUAUACGUCCAACAGAAAAUAAAAAAGCUGAAAAGGUUUUAGCUUCAAUAGGAGUUUCGACUCAAGCUUCACCCAAUGCUGACGCAAUAGCUGACAGUUUAUCUCCAGACAUGCAAGAGUUGCUGAAAAGUUUCGGCCUGUUGCCCCAACAAGACAAAAAAAACGAGCUCGAGUCACAGUUUAGUCCGGAAAAGGCCGAAACCAAUCCUGAAUCUUAUAUUGGUUUUAAGCCUUUGCCUGAAGACAACAUUGGCAGAAAAGAUAUGGAAGAAUUGUUGACACAAUUUGGUUUGUUGGAUCACAAUGAGAGAAAUGGUAGGACAUUGAAAACAGCUGAGUCUUUGAAACUGGAACAAAUCUCGUUGGAAGCAGUUCCAGACGAUCUAAAAUCGGUUUUACAUGAUAUGGGUUUUGAGCCUACAAGGGUUGAAAGGAAAAUCAGGGACCUAAAAGAACCAAUCAAAGCUUCUAAGCAUAUUUUCAAGCCUGAUAAAGUUGUUCCAGACGAAGAACUACAAAAACUGGCACGCCUAAUGGAAAUAAUGAAGAAACUCGAAUUAAAAAAAGGUAACAUAACUGAAGAAGACCUAAAACAAAUCAACAAAGAAGACCUUAAAGAUUUGGUAGCUAGUUUGAAGCAACACAAUGGCCCUAAUCCUAUUGAAGAUGAUUUAGGCCUCGAGAAAAAUGCCUUUAAAAGACAAGAAACAACCACACAAACUAUGGAAACAAUAACUCCUUCAAUGAAAGAUUUAGAAGAUUCGUUUGGCGGUUCAAGUGAAACUGUUACUGAGUCUUUGCCUGAAACUACUACAGCAAAAAGGAGCGGUUUUUAUUAUUUGCUAGAUUUGAAUACUUUUUUGGAAAUUGAUGAUCAGAAAGGGAAAAGGGUUAAUUUGAGAUUCCAGCCUAAAGUUGGGGAUCCUAAGAGUUUUUACAGUGUGAAUGUACCUUAAGGAGGAUUUUGAUUAUUGUUUUUUUUUGUAUAUAAUUAGUUGUAAAAUAUUGCUCAAAUAAACUUGAUUUGUUUUCUUUUUUUUUUGUGAAUUUAUGGGCAUUUUUGGAUUAGAAUUUAACUUUGGAGCUCAAUUGCUCAAAGUCUAUGGAAGUAACAGAAGUCGUUAUUGGGCUGGAUUUAUAGAGAAUUUAAUUCUCUUUCAGAAAAUCUAUAAUACAAGUCGAUUGGUUGGGAAUUACGGAAACUGUGAGCAAAUUUCUAAGACCAUGUCAGGAUAUCAAAAGCUUUGUAUGGCCAAUUUUUGGAAAUAUUGUGAUACUUGUUUUAGACUAAUUUUGACCUUAUUUUUCCCUUGGGAAAAUCAGAAUUUUUCAAAAAUGGAAAAUUGAAAAUAUGGUUUUUUCAGGUAGGUAGGUACUUACCCCUUUGAAUUUUUGAUUCAAAAGUUUCAAUGUGUGAUAUCUCAAUAACCAUAAAAGGUAUCGAGACAAAUUUUUCUGAGAUUUUACCUUUCAUUAAG